AUGCGUGAGCCUGUCUACAAAUCUGGCUCCAGAUACGAGGACUAUAAGGCACUUGCUCAAGGUAUUUUAUAGUACAGUCAUGGUACAUCAGGCUGGAAAGUGGUUAAAACUUUAAUAUGUAUCUGUGGAUUUUUAUUCGCCUUUGAGAAAAAAACAAUUAUUUCUAGCAAGGCUUGUAAAAAAUUCCAUGGAAAUCUAUGGGAUAAAUCAUUAAAAGUAUACAAUAUGAUACACAAGAUUGAUUUGGACACGUUCGUAUGUCGUGCCAUUACACAAAGUUUUGCCAGGGGUUCAAUUUCCCCCCGGGACUUUAUUGAUGUGGUGUACUGCAAGCGCUGUGAGUGAAAUAUGAAUGCUAUCGGUUGUAAGAUUCUUGUGUGCCAAGAGGCGGGCGCAUCAAAGACAGAGGGAGCAGCAGCUUCCCAAGUCUUGGUUCCUGAUUACCAGGCGACAGUUGUGGGUACCUGCUCUCCAGGCUUCUAA